CAAGGGCUCGGUCUUUCCGGCUCAAGAUGAGCCGGAACCUGGGUGGCCACACCGUAAAGACGCAAAAGGCGCGUCCCGGCCUCUGGGCUGCGCCGGUGUACGCGGCCGCUUUGCAUCAAAUCAGGCUGUUGCUCCAGGGGACUCAGCCCUAUCAGUCGACACUGGCUGGCAGCGGCUAAGCCAAUACUGUCUACUCUGACUGGCAGGGGGCAUGCCCAGCCGUCCUUGGAGACGCCGGGAAUUGAACCUGGGACCCCCUGCGUGCAAGGCACGUGCUCUGCCACUGGGCCACGGCCCCUCCCCAAAAGUCGGGAUCUAAUACCGGUGCUGGGGCAUGGUGAUGUCCUCUAUAGCGUCUACUCAGAAGAAGAUCGUGCCCUAUGCUGAAUUAGGGGAGAGAGAAUCCUUUCUUUGUGUGAUGGAGACGAGACAGUCUGUGAUCUUCAGCAUGCAAAAGACUCAGUGCCACUCUGUGGAAGAAAAUCCAAGCCCAGCCAAUGGGAACGCGGAACAGGUUGAUUCAGAUGAAAGCUCAAAUUCUGAAGAUGUUGAUUUCAACUGGGAUGAAUACUUGGAAGAGACAGGGUCUACUGCUGCCCCUCACACUUCAUUUAAGCAUGUUGAAGUCAGCCUCCAGAGCAGUUUCCAACCAGGCAUGAAGCUAGAGGUGGCCAAUAAGCACAAUUCAGACACCUACUGGGUGGCGACCAUCAUUACUACGUGCGGACAGCUCUUGCUGCUGCGUUACUGUGGCUAUGAAGACGACCGCAAAGCUGAUUUCUGGUGUGACGUGAUGACGGCAGAUCUCCAUCCUGUGGGCUGGUGUACCCAGAACAAUAAAGUGUUGAUGCCUCCCAAUGCUAUCAAAGAGAAAUACGCAGACUGGACUGAAUUUCUCAUACGUGACUUGACGGGCUCACGAACAGCGCCUGCAAAUUUACUGGAAGGCCCUCUGCGAGGGAAAAACCCUGUAGACCUCAUUACAGUUGAUUCCUUAAUAGAGCUCCAGGAUUCCCAGAGUCCCUUUCAAUACUGGAUAGUUAGUGUUCUUGAGAAUAUUGGAGGAAGAUUACGCCUUCGCUAUGUGGGAUUGGAGGAGACUGAAUCCUAUGACCAGUGGUUGUUUUACUUGGAUUACAGACUUCGACCAGUUGGUUGGUGUCAAGAGAAUAAAUACCGGCUGGAUCCACCUGCAGAAAUCUAUUCUCUGAAGACUGUGUCUGAAUGGCAAUCUGCUCUGGAUAACUCCCUUGAUGAGGCAGCAAGGUUUCCCCUGCCUAUGGAAGUGUUUAAGGACCAUGAUGACUUGAGGAACCACUUGUUCACAGUGGGCAUGAAGUUGGAGGCAGUGGAUGUAAGAGAACCAUGCAACAUUUGUCCUGCCACAGUGUCUAAGGUUUUUAACAACCAUUUUGUUCAAGUAACCAUUGAUGACCUCCGUCCUGAAAUGAGCACAACCUCAGAGCUUUGCCAUGCCGAUUCCUUAGGGAUCAUGCCAGUACAGUGGUGCCUUAAAAAUGGAGUCCAUCUUACACCUCCCAAAGGUUAUUCUAGCCAGGACUUUGACUGGGCAGAUUACCAGAAGCAAUGUGGAACAGAAGCAGCUCCCCAAUUCUGCUUCAGAAAUGUAUCUUUCAGCCGAGGCUUUACAAAAAACAUGAAGCUAGAGGCCGUGAACCCCAAGAACCGAGCUGAAAUCUGUGUGGCUUCUGUCAUCUCAGUAAAAGGAAAGUUAAUGUGGCUCCAGUUGGAAGGUUUACAGGUGCCUGCCUCAGAAUACAUAGUUGAUGUUGAGUCAAUGGACAUAUUCCCAGUUGGCUGGUGUGAAGCGAAUGCUUACAAGCUUUCAGCACCACGUAAAGCAUUGAUACAAAGGAAGAGGAAGAUUGCUGUUGUGCAACCGGAAAAGCAGUUACCACCUGGAGUGCCUGUUGAGAAAAUAAUUCACGAGCCUUGCAUAAUUCCACAGGCAGAGACAAUUGGUGCCAUCAAUGGGAGGUACAGUUGUCCUCCGCUGUUCAUCAAUCACCGCUGCUUCUCAGGACCACAUUUGAACAAGGGAAGAUUGGCCGAGCUGCCUCAAUCUGUUGGGCCAGGCAAAUGUGUGCUGGUUCUUAAAGAGGUCCUAAGCAUGGUAAUCAACUCCGCUUACAAACCUGGGAGCGUUUUGCGAGAGCUGCAGCUUGUCGAGGACCCCCGGUGGAAUUUCCAGGAGGAGACCCUCAAAGCCAAGUACCGAGGGAAAACCUACCGGGCAACCGUCAAGAUUGUCCGUACGUCCGAUCAGGUCCUGGAUUUCUGCCGGAGGGUUUGCACCAAGCUGGAAUGCUGUCCGAAUUUAUUCAGCCCUGUCCCAGUUACUGAAGCCUGCCCUGAAAACUGCUCCAUUCACACCAAAACAAAAUAUACUUAUUAUUAUGGAAAGAGGAGGAAAGUCAUGAAGUCUCCAUUUGGUGACAACAGCCCAGAGAGCAGACAUCGCAAGCCAGCCCGGCGCAGGAAGAGGCGGAAACCCAUUCUAGCACAAAAGAAAAAGCAGUCAUCUGCAAGAGAUGCAGCAGAAUCUGCAGAGGAGAGUGAUGAGGAAGAGCCAGAGGCCCUAGAUUAUGAGACGUGGAGCGAAGAGACCAGCCCAGAACUGCACGAUGACCAGACGGACGUCUCCUCUGCAGAGGUGCCUCCAGCCAAGCCUACGAGUGCAAUGAAGUUGCGGAGCAGGGCCGCUGCAGACUGCGCUACUCACGCUGGGAGGGGUAGCCAAGCCCAGAAGACUCUGUCGCUCUUAUGUGCCAAAGGACAGGCAAGGGCUCGGUUCAAACAAGCAAUAAAGCAAGAUCCAGAAGAGAAGCUCAUCCUGGAGAGCAACCCAUUGGAUUGGACUGUGAUGGACGUGGUGAAGUUCAUUAAGCUGACUGAUUGUGCUCCUCUUGCCAAAAUAUUUCAGGAACAGGACAUUGAUGGACAAGCUCUCCUCCUGCUCACCCUCCCCACAGUUCAGGAAUGCAUGGAGCUUAAACUUGGCCCAGCCAUCAAGCUGUGCCACCAGAUUGAGCGGGUCAAGAAGGCUUUCUAUGCCCAGUAUGCCAACUGACCACCAUUCUCUCCACUUUUCCAUCUCUGUUACUUCAGUUCUGAGCUUGCAGCUGGAGAACCCCUGUGCAUACAGAAUCACUGAUAAAAUAUGUAUUGUGGGGAAGAAGCUGGUAGACCAGCUGCUCACUCUCAAGGAGCCUGACCAGUAGUCAGCAGGAAAGGACUACAGGUGUAUACAAGUGGGGCUGAAAAAUCACGGAAUCAUAGAACAGGAGAGUUGGAAGGGGACUAUAAGGCCAUCCGGUCCAACCCCUGCUCAAUGCAGGAAUCCGAUUAAAGCAUACAUGACAGAUGGCUGUCCAGCUGCCUCUGGAAGGCCUCCAAUGUUGGAGAGCCCACUACCUUCCUAGGUUAUUGGUUCCAUUGUCGUACUGCUCUAACAGUUACAAAGUUUUUCCUGAUGUUCAGCUGAAAUCUGGCUUCUUGCAACUUGAGCCCAUGAUUCUGUGUCCUGCACUCUGGGAUGAUCGAGAAGAGAUCCCGGCCCUCCUCUUUGUGGCAACCUUUCAAGUACUUGAAGAGUGCUAUCAUAUCUCUCCUCUUCUCCAUCCAGUGAAUACAACCAGUAUUCACGGUUGUUGUUGCUUUCAGUCCCCAAACAAUAUGUAAUUGAUUACAUCCCCCCAGCUGCACUGAAAUUUCUAUGAACUGAAAUGAAUGGGGUGCAAUAGCAUAAUAAUAAUGUAAUUUACAUAAUUAAAGUGCAUAAUUACAUAACACAAAUUAUGUAAGUUAGAAUCAUAGAGUUGGAAGGGGCCAUCAAUUCCAAUACAGGAAUCCAAGUUAAAGCAUACCUGACAGAUGGCUGUCCAUCUGUCUCUUGAAUGCCUCCAGUGUUGGAGAGCCCACCACCUCUGUAGGUCAUCAGUUCCAUUGUUGUACCACUCUAACAGUUAGGAAGUUUUUUCUGAUGUUCCACCAAAAUCUAGCUUCCUGUAACUUGAGCCCAUCAUCACUCUGGGAGAAUCAAGAAGAGAUCCUCUGUGUGGCAAACCUUCAAGUGCUUAAAGAGUGCUAUCAUAUCUCCUCUCAGUCUUCUUUUCUCAAGGCUAAACAUGCCCAGUUCUUUCAGUCUCUCCCCAUAGGGCUUUGUUUCCAGUCCCCUGAGAGGCUGCAAGCCUCCAGGCUACUCCUGAGAAUGUAUACACCUCAAAGGGAGUCAUGGAAGAGGGGAAAGCAGCAGAAUAAAGUGUGACAUGGUAGGCGGAGGGCCUCUCCAGACUGGAUUUUUAUUUUUGCACGUGUAUUCUGCAAUAUGUCACUGGCACAAUCACAAUGCAUUAGAGGUGGAUUUAUAUUGGACCGUCCACAUAUCCUUUAUAAGUUCUGUGAUGGUUCCCUGUCGUUACCACAUUAUUGCUGUCUGGAGGGGCACUCUGGCACUAAAGCGCAACAGAAGUUGGACAAAAAAAACCCCGGAAUCUUUGUGGCAUAAGAAGUUACAGGAUUUCAAUAGGAACCUAUGGGGCAUGUGCUGGCUGGAAACAUAGGGCCAUGUGCGCCCUGAAACUUUUCCAGGUGGAAGCAGUAUCGAAAGCGGAAUCGUGUAUAACCAUCCCUAUAACCAUCCUGAGCACAAAUCAUCAUGCAUGCACAUUCAACAGACUGCCUGGAGGGGCCCUGGCUUAUCCUCUUCCCCAUGGUGAGCAGGUGUUUCAAAAGAUAGUGAUAUAGCAGUGAAGGGGAGCGAUAGGGGACAGAAGAAAAGGCAAAGGAGGUGUUGUGGUUAACCAGUUCAUAAACCAUGCAUGUCAAGCCCCAGAGCGUUCACUUUUGCUCUCCCUGCACUUGAAGCUGCAAGGACAACCAGGGUGCAAAAAUGGCCCACGUUUUCCCCCACAUAGCUAUAUUAAAAGACUUGCAUUGGUUUCGUAUCACUUUCAUGGCUUUCCUCAAAGAAUCCUGGG